AUGUUUGACAACGUUCAUUUGUUAACUAAUAAUACAACUGUUGCUUCUACUAUUGUACAACAAAAUAAUUAUUUAACUUAUUAUUUUGUUCCAUUUUAUACAAUACUCUUUUUUCUUGGUACAUUUGGUAACGGUCUUGUUAUUAUUAGUAUCCUUCGUUCAUCUCGUCUUCGAACAGUGACUAAUACUUAUUUACUUAAUAUAGCUAUUGCUGAUUUUGUUCUUCUUCUGAGUGUACCUUUUCUUAUUGUUACUAUACUUGCUAAUGGAUGGAUAUUUGGCAAUAUUUUAUGUAAAAUGUAUUACAAUUUAAUUCAUAUAAAUCAAUAUGUUGGUUCACUUUUAUUGGCUGCUUUAUCAUUUGAUCGAUAUUUAGCUGUGUGUCAUCCAGUUCGAGCUAUUGAAUUUCGAACAAAAACAAAAUGUAUAAUUAUUAUAAUUGCAUGUUGGCUUAUAUCCAUUCUAUUUCUAUGUCCAACAUGGGUAUUUGCAACUGUCACAUCUGAACAAUACAUAAUUUGAUGUGUUAUUGAUUUUCCAUCGAUUGUAUUUCGAAUUCCUCCGGAAAUAGUUUUUACUUAUUAUGGAUUUUUACUUGGAUUUCUUAUUCCUGUAUCUAUGAUAACAACAUUUUAUAUACUUAUUCUUAUACGUCUUAAUAAUAUACGUCGAAAACAUAAAUCUGGAAUUAAACAACGAACACAUCGUAAAGUAACACGAAUUGUACUUGCUGUUGUAACAGCUUAUUUUAUUUGUUGGAUGCCAUAUUGGUUUUUACAAAUAUUUAUCACAAUUGAUCCAUUAAUACAUUCAUUACGUUUAAAUUUUUCUAUAUUACCAACUAAUUCAAAUAUGCGAUAUCUUAAAGAAUUAACACAUUUAACAACAAUUUUUGGUUAUGCUAAUAAUUGUCUUAAUCCAGUUUUAUAUGUUUUUUUAUCGGACUCAUUUCGGGAAGAAUAUUUAAUUCUACUUAAAUGUUUUCAUCCUGGUGAGAUAUUUGUAGCACAUACGUUGCAUGAUGAAAAUACAGAAAAGCGUUCUCAUAAACGUCAAUCAGAUCGACAACCAUCACUCCGAUGUGCUACUCGUCAAGAAAUAGCUAUAAGAAAUCUUAAACAUAGUGUAGCUAUUGAUGAAAUACCUUCAAAUUAUGGAUCAUUUUCGUUUUUUUUACAUCGUAGUAAUGAUGAUAAACAUCCUUCGGAUUCAUCAUCUUCACUAAGAAUUAACGAAUAUGAAAUGCAGCAUAAUGAUAAUACAACGAUAUCUUCAAAAAGCACUUUACUUCAAUGUCCAAAUAAUGAUAAAAAGAAAAUGUUAAUGGUUAAUUUAUCUGUAUCUUUUACUCAUUCUACAACCAGAAUUAUCGAUGACGGUGGUGUCUAUUGCGGUGAUUAG